UCGCUUGUGUGCGCAUGUGCGCUCGUACUGCGGCAUGUACUUCCGUUUUUGCUUCAACUAAAAGCGAAACCAAUGUUGACUUCUUCUUUGGAUAGAAGACAAAAGGAUCCUUUCAAAAACUAGUACACAUUUAAAUCCAUUUCGGACUAGUUGUACGCAGAAAAUCUGAUAAAAUGUUAACUUUUCCCUCUUCAAAGUUCGGGUUGAAUCUAAGGCCACCGUCAGAAAACAUGGAUAACGAGACCGCUGCACAGACAAUAAACGAUAGCCGCAAGCCUUGCCUGAAACAUCUGGAUUUGACUUUUCUCGUUCGACUGACUGGGCAAAUUGUUCUUUGUAUUUUAAUACAUGAUGACUGAUGAAACCAUCGCUAAGCUUGUCAUUUAGGGCAGCGUGGUCCUGAUGGGUUGAUUUCCAUGUCCUUUGGCGGGCCGUUCCGAAAUGUUUGUAGACCCGACUGCAAAAAAUUAUUUCGACGGGCGAGAAGGAAAUAUUUCUGUGGAUUGCAUCAAUUUUUCGACUCGGGACUGGAUUUAUACUUGCAGAAGUGAUAAUAAGGUCCUAUUCUCUCAUGCUUUUGGGUGAAUUUAAAAGCCAACUUCGUUAUGGACAGACUGGAGUUCGGAAUUCAAUGAUCAAACGUUGAGGCAGUGUUACCUGUUACUCUGUUCGGAAAUGGUAGACCACUGCUAUUGUUGGACUCUCCGCAUGAGAGCAAAUCUGCAGGACUCGGAUACGCACUGAGAUCUUCGCCUGUCAACUGCACCUGUGUGUGAAGGGUUAUAUUUAAAGGUUAUAAAUGGAAGUUUUUGAAAGAGCCUGUGGCCCAGACAAUGGAAAUUAAGAAGUUACCCUUAAAGGGUCUACAGGAGAAAUUUGCCAUUAUUAUUCAAGAGGCUCGCAAUAAUCAAGGCCUCCUUGAACAGUUCAUGAUAUGGCUGGAUAUGAGAUUGGCUGAGUACAAGGCUAAAGGUGUCCUCCGUCUAGAAUCAACAGGUUCAAAACCUAACCCUGCCUGGCUUCAGAGACACAAGGGUGAUUUAGCCGAGCAGAAAGUCAAUGAUCAGAAACCUAACUCACUGACAGAAAAUAUCCACAAUGUUAAACCAGGUGGAACUGCAAAGCAGCAUGUUAGAUGGUCUGCUUCAAGACCAAGGAAAUCUCAAAAUCCAAGGGCUGACUCUAAAGUAAGUUCUGUAGCAGGUUCUGAUGCACAACCAACAAACCUUGUUACAGAUUCACCAGCAGCCACAAAUCACAGAACACCUGCAAGUGAUACCAAUCUGACAAAAGGCCCUGUUUCACUCAUAGUGAAACACCCAGUUACAAAUCCCGCCACAGAGCCUGUUACGAACACAAUGGCAGUGAGUCCAGUGGCUACAGAGGGACGUAAGCGAUCCAUCACGUCUCAGGAUCCAGUAAAAUGCAACAUUAAGGUUGUUAAACUUCUGGUACCAUCAAAACCUGGCUCACCCAGUCGUGGUUGGACAGUUCCAAAAAAUCAGUUGUUUUUUUUAGUCAAACCAGGGCAGAAUGCUUCCCAGUUGGAUGCCAUGAGAAAGGGUGUGAAGGAGUCAACGUCAACACCAAUGCCUAAGUCUUUAAACUCAUCUGGUAGCCAGACAUCUAGUUGUAACAACUGUAACAGGGGCUCACAGGAUUGUGACCAGUACACAGAGUUAGCUGCUUCUGCUGGCACAUCCAGCCAAAAGCCACCCACGUCAGAUAAGAACUCUUCUGCAGAUAAAGACCAGACCCCAGCUUUAAACAUGUUAAAAGAGGCCCAAUCACCAGACACGACCCCAGCACGAGAUGAAACCCCUCUUCCAGAUGAAACCAUUACACCAAUAAUAAGUCAGACCCCAUCAUCACAAAAGACCUCAGACAUGUUAGAAGCAAAACAGGCCCCAGGAAGGUCCCCAGCCGCAUUUCGUCUGGAUUUCCCAGACGUGUCUCACAUGUAUCCCAGACACACAUUAAAGCGGCUAAAGAGGGCAGCGGUGAAAGCAAGAAUUGAAGCUGUUUUUGGCCAUUCAGUGAAGAAGGAACCUCCACGAUCACGUGGUGCAAUAACAGUCCUGAUGACUUUAGAGCGCUGGCUUUGGAGCAAGUUCAGAGAGCGACGACCUGUAGAGACAAUGCCUGUCGAUGACUUAAACAAGUAUCUUGAGGAAUAUUUCCGCGUCGUGAGGAAGGAAUCGGGCACUCCGUACUCCCCGGUAGCAUUCGGCGCUCUAAAGAUGGAUUUGGCGAAGUUCUUGGAGGCCAGUGGCUAUCCCUACUGUCUAAAGACUUCUGAGAAAUUCAAGACAUGUAGAGAGGUUUAUCUAACAAGACUUAAGCAGCUGCAGAAAUUUGCAUAUCAUCGGAAGAACAGAGGAGAAUUAACAUGAUGGAUACACCAUGGCUUACCAUGUCAGAUUUUAGAGAUCAUUGUUGCUUUGGAAUUCUUGUGUUAUCCGUAUUUAACACAAGUUAACCAAUUUCUGAUGUAUAUCUACAAGUAUACAUGAAUAUUUAUACGGAAACAUUUGCCCUGAAUUGUCUUCAUCACUUGUUAUAGACAAAUACAAAUUGGCAAAAUGUUACAGUUUUUUUUAAGUUUCCAGAUAUAAUUCUGCCAGUAGAUUGCAAGAUGCUUUCUAGGCAAGCAUACAGGUAAUGUAAAAUGGCAUUUUCUGCCAUUGAGUUGAUGGUUAUCAAUCCAUGCAUUGC